GCUGAACUUAGCAUUUUAUAGCAUUAAACGAAAUCAAAGCGUAUAAUCCAAUACAAGUGACGGACGGGAAAAGUUUUGCGAUAAGCGGAAAAGAAAAUAUCUAGAAAUAUUAACAAAUGUUUUAAAAUACAGAAAAAAGGUACAACAUUCGUGGGAAAAUAAAAUAGAAAAAAAAACAAAAGAAAUUUCUAAAAUAAAAAACAAGAAGAGGAAAUAAAAACCAAACGGGGAAAAAGAAACAUAAAUAUGUGAAUAAAAAACGUUCUUUUUGGUUAAAAAAUUGAACAAAUAUAAAGCAGAAAUAUAGACAAAUAACACUUAAAAGUAGACAUAAACAAAUUAUUAAAAAACUGCAACAAAAUGUGGCAACCAACACCGUCAACACCAUCAUCAUCGUCAACAAGUGAUAAUAAAAAUAAUGCCGAUGAUUGCAAAUGUAGUGGUGAUAGUCAACAAACAACAUCAUUAGAACACAAACCAACAUUGUCCCCGGCAGAUUUAGGAGUCGACAACAACAAGAAGUUACUAGAAUCUACAACAGAGGAAGCAACAGAUUCUGGUUUCAUAUCGGGACCACAAUCAACCGCAUCAGCAUCGUCUUCAGCCGCCAUUCACAUCAGCAGCCAAGUUGUGGAAGGAGCCUUUGGUGGUGCAGAACAAAAAGUGCAACAAAGCAAAACGUUUAAUUCAGAUUCGGGCUGUAUUGAGGAAGAAUCCAGCGAACAAAUGUUACUUAAAUAUAAUGUGGAAACCGGCAUGUCGGAGCGCCUGUGCAAGCUUAGCUUGCAAAAUAAUUCAAAUUUAAAUAAUUUGGAUGCCCCAAAAGGAUUUACACAACAGCAACAAAAAUCUAAUAUCACACCUUCCUCCGCCUCAGUACCAUCAACAUCCUAUCAGCAACAUGCUCCAGCUGGAUCGUCGUCUUCUGCUACAACAGCCCCACAACAGAACACAACCAAUGUACCAGCCCACAUAACACCGGCCAAUGCAUGGGAAUAUUAUUAUCAGCAGAAUGAUGAGGGAGAUACACCUUUACACUUGGCAUGUAUUUCGGGAUUAGUAGAUGUGGUGGCUGCAUUAAUACGCAUGGCACCUCAUCCCUGCCUAUUCAAUAUACAAAAUGAUCAGGCGCAAACACCUUUACACCUGGCCACAUUAAUAGCACAUCCCAAAAUUAUAAGAAUGCUGUUAAUAGCAGGAGCAGAGCCAACCAUACGUGAUCGUCAUGGUAAUACGGCUUUACAUUUGGCCUGUAUGUCUGGCGAAGAACAAUGUGUACGAGCUUUGACCAUGUCGAUUGGUGCCUCUGAAGUAAAUGAAGCCCAUAGACAAUACGGUCACCGUGCCAAUGACAAAUCCUAUCUCAAAUGUGCCCAUUUACCUUCAGACUUGGAAAUACGUAAUUAUGAUGGUGAAAGAUGUGUUCAUCUAGCUGCCCAGGCUGGUUACAUUGAUAUUUUACGCAUUUUGGUUUUAUACGGUGCCGAUAUUAAUGCCAGGGAAGGCAAAUCUGGACGUACCCCCCUACACAUUGCCAUCGAGUGUUGUAAUGAAGAUUUGGCCAAUUUCCUUUUGGAUGAAUGCCAGAAAUUGAAUUUAGAGACCGCCACAUAUGCCGGCCUAACAGCAUACCAAGUAGCAUGCGUUUUAAAUAAAUCAGAAAUGCAAGAUAUUUUGGAAAAACGUGGCGCUGAACCUCUAACUCCACCCGACAGUGAUUAUGAUAGUAGCGACAUAGAAACAGAUCUUGACGAUUCAAAGUUAUACGAUCGCUUUGGUGAUCCAGGUUACUUUGUUGGUGGUUACAAAGGCGGCAAUGCCAUGACGGUGGUCUAAUUUGGCCAAAAAUUUUGUUUAGCAACCAACAGAACGCCGCUUCCAUGUCCUCACUAUCUGUCACAGCCCUCCCUCCUUCCCUCCUCUCUCCCAUCAAUGAUGAACAACAAGGCAAAGCAGCAACUCAAUACGGUAGUUGAGUUCAAUUGAAAAUUUGUUUUGUGUCAAAAACAUAACCAUGUUUUUUUUUUUUUAGAAUAAGAAAUCCAACGAAUUACUACGAAUGCGUAUAUUAUAUCUUUUCCGACACUGUGUUUACAUGUAUAUUAUAUAAUAAUAUUGAUACUUUUUUAUUUGACCUUAUUUUUGGAAUAUUUGUUUGCUUGUGUGUAUGUGUAAAUAACAAACGAGAAUUUGUUAAAACAAACAAAAAUUUGUUGCUCCCAUCAUUUGUUGCCACCAAUGCUUUCGCUUGCAUUGGCCUGUAUGUGCCAACCUCGUAAAGAGCUGAGCGCGAGCAAUAUUACCUUCUUUCUUUGAAUGUAUAAAUGUGUAAAAUCAUUUCAUUUUUUUUUUUUCAAAUCUAUGUUUUAUAGUUUUUCUUUGUUCAAUUCAUUUCGUAAACUUUCGUUUCGAAAUAUUUUCUUAUAAUUCUGUUCGAAUUAAAAAUGAAAAUGAUUCUUUUUUUAAUUGUGUGUAUGUAUGUUGAUAAAUCUAUAAGUAUAAAAUUUUGAGAAACAAAAAUGAAAAUAAUUUAAAAAUUAUAUUUUUUAAAAAAAUAAAUAUAAAUAAAAAUCAUAAAAUAUUAAAUGAAA